GAGAUCGUCAAAAAUAUUCGCUUUAGAGAUCGAUGCGAUGAAAACAACAGAAUGUUACAGUGCGUUUUGCCUCGAUUUGUGCUGGUGCUGCGGGAUUUCUCAUUGAAAAUGAUGAUCGGGUACAAGAGAAUUACGCCAGACGAAUACUUAGAGACAUCACUUGAAAACGACGAUGAGCUUGGGCACGAUUUCAACGAACCUCGGAAAGCAAUUAGAAAGUUCUUCACUUCUGAUAAGCGAAAAUGCUUUGCACUUCCUGUCCCUGGUGAUGGAUACGUUCUAGAAAAAUUGGAGCAACUUACAUUCAAAGAUCUUUCCAAAAGAUUUCAGGAAGCAACAUCAGAAUUUCUGGAAUUCAUCUUCAGUGAAGAACCAAAACAGCUUUUGAUUAACAAACCCUUUACAGGAUCUAUGUUGGCUGUCUUGACCGAGCAGUAUGUCGAACAAUUGCGAAAUAACGCUGUGCCAGAUGUGGUAUAUGCAUUUGAAACGGUUGCAACAAUGGAAAAUGCAAAUUUUCAAAAGAAGGCAUUAGAACAGUUGCAUAAGAAUUUAGUUGACCAGACCAUGCCAGUUCCCUACAGGCAACUUAACGAUCAUUUUCAAAGAGUACAAUGGACUGCACUUGAGUACAUUCGAAACAAUGUCGUAAAAGACACAAAAUAUUCUGUUGAACAGGACUUUCAGUCUGACAUGGAAGUUUCAUGGGUACAAAGAAAGUCUGCAAAUGAGCAAAACAUUAUCGAAUUAUGUGAGAACAGUUUAGAAGAGUUACUAUCAACGAGUAAGCUGAUCAAUGGUAUUCAAGCAAAAUCGUAUGCUGUUUUCAGAGGCCACAAACAAUUCAAACUUGAUUUGGAACGAGUCGAAAAGCAAUAUCAUUCAACGCUGAAAGAUAAAGGAUAUGAGGACAGAGAGAUAGCAGGAACUUGGAGUACAUUUAUACAGACACUUGCAGUGGUUGAGAUGGAAAUAAUUCAGUUAGACACCUCAUUGUCGGUAGCAAAGAAAAGUGUAAAAGAGGAAAACCUACUGGAAAUGCAGAGAAUGAAGCACGAUAUGGAGAAACAAAACAAACACUUGCUCGAAGAACAGCGCGAAACUUAUGAUGCCCAACAAAAAAAGAUUGAGAACGAACGAGACAAUAAAGACCGGGAAAACCAAAAGAAAAUUACUGAACUCAUACAACGGAUAACAGAUCUUGAGACAGAUAAAAACGAACGUCAGUUUUUCCAAAAAAAAGUUAUACAGAUGGAAGAAGAAGACAAAAACAGAAGAAAAGAGGAAAGGCAAUGGCAGAUUGACGAGCAGCGAAGACGAGAUGAGAUAGAUCAGAAAAGAGAGGAACACUGGCGACAAUCGAAAAAAGAUGAAAAAGAACGACAUGAGACAACUACAAAACAAUUGCUGGAUUUAAUGGAGAUGAUUCAAAAGAAAAACGAAGAAAAAGAAGGGGAAAGAGAGAAAUUGCAGACAAUGAUACACGAUAUGGAGAAACAAAACAAACAAGUAUUCGAAAAACAGCGCAAAACUUACAAAGCACAGCAAGAAAAUAUUGAGAAACAACGAGACAAGCAAGACCGGGAAAAUCAAGAGAACAUGACCAAACGCAUACAAAAGAUAGCAGAUCUUGAGACAGAGAAGAACGAACACCAGUUUUUACAAAAAAGAAUUAUACAGAUGGAAGAAGAAGAAAAAAGCAGAAGAAAAGAGGAAAGGCAAUGGCGAAUCGACGAGUAGCAGAGACGAGAUGAAACAACUACAAUACCAAUGCUGGAUUUAAUUGAGAGUAUACAAAAGCGAAAUGAAGAAAGAUAUGUUGAGUUCAGUAGAAUAAAGGCAGUAAAUGAACAAAAAGGAAUAUUAAGGAAAAAAAUAACAUUGUUUGAUAAAAUUGCGUAUGGAUUCAGAGAUAAAAUUUAAAUCGUUACGUUUAGGCCUUAGAAAAUAUGUGCAUGUUUUAACUCUGAUACGAGAGAUGAAACCCAACAAUUUCCUGACAUAUUUGUAUUUGAUAUUAGUUUCCUUGAUGUUUCUGACAUUUUGCUUUAAAUUUGAGGGAAGUCAUCCGUCAUAAGGAUGUUUUAUGUUUUACUGCAUUUACGAUAUUAACGUCGUGAUUGUUUCUAUGUUUUAUCUAUAUUGGUUUACAAUUAUGAUACGCUUGUUGCCAUAUGAUUAUAAUGAAAUCAAAAUAAAGUUAGUAUAAUGAUAAAAUGUUUGAAAGGCAGCUUAUUCAACAGAACUUGUUUAAAACAAUAUUUAUUUUUUUAAACAGCUGUAUGCCUAAUAUGAAAUAAGGCGCUGCCAUUACGGGUUUGAAGUGUUAUUGCCGGACACUUUAAAGUUUACUUGUUGACUAUGUGAAACAUAUUAGCUGUAAACGUGAAACGUCUUCCGUAUACGCUAAUGAAACUUUUUAAAUAAUAAGCAGUUUUGUUGCUGUUAGCAAUUU